CAUCAGCCAGCUGCAAUGCCAGAUCUGUGCGUAUGGAGUAAUGGAGCUUGGCCUAACAGGCAGUGGGUAUAUAUGAUGAGGGUUUUCCAUGAAGAGCAACCUGAGAUCAGCAUGGACUACGUAAAUCAACCUGAUCCAUCAGCCAGAGGUCCUGCCUCAAAUAGCCACACUGGUGCAGUGACUCCUGCUGCCUCAGGCAGAAAAGUCUACAGACUGGUUGGUGUGAGCUUUGGACUCCUGUGUAUCCUUCAAGCUGCUCUCAACAUUUGUCUGCAUCUGGCCUUUUACAGCUCCGGCUGUGAGACCUCAGGUGUUGUGACCAGUUGCAAAAAUCUGACUGAGGUGUCUGAUGACCUUAAGAGAAAACUGAUGAACUUUGAUCACCUUUUUCAACAAGGAUGGGUUUAUUUCCACCCAAGUUUCUAUUACAUCUCCUCUAUCAAGAAAUCCUGGCAAGACAGUAGAGAUGACUGUCUGCAGAGAGAUGCAGACCUGGUGAUUAUCAACAGCAAAGGAGAACAGGACUUUACGAGAACAUUUCGAGAGUUUAGGUGGAUUGGACUGAGUGAGACAAACGGGAUGUGGAAAUGGGUGGAUGGCACCCCGCUGACUGACAGUUACUGGCACCCCGGAGAACCCAACAAGUAUUACGACAGAGAUGAAAACUGCACAGAAAUAAGGUUUCAUGAAGACGAAAAAAGCUGGAAUGACAUAGAAUGUGGCACUCAAAACACCUGGAUCUGUGAGAAGACAGUGGCUCUGUAAGUCAGCAUGUACAACCAAAGCUGAAGCUGAAUUCUCUUCAUGUUCAAUCUGAAUGCACAGUGUAUUCUAUUCCACAAUCCUUUGUAUAUGUGAGUGAGUUGGAUUUUGGAUGGGAACGAUGUAACAUAUCAUGUACACCUUAUGUUAUGGAGGUGGCCAGUGCUGCUUCUGUAAGACUGUAUUACCGUAAUUACUCUGGCUUAUUUGUGUGCAGUGUUAGUGAAAACUGAGAGCAUUGCACAGACUAACCUAAGCUGUACCCAUGUCUACAUGAGAAUAUUGAGCUAAAUGUUGUGAAAGAUAAAUUUGAAAUAAAACAGAGCUGGGAGUGAUGUUUCUUGACAUGGGCCUUACUAUCUAUACUCAGCCUUCUUUCAUACGGAACAACAAUUUGGCCGCACCCUAAUCAGACAUGAAAACACCAGGGAUGCCCCUAUCCAACUGAUGACUAGUAAAUUUACCUAUACAUUAUUACUGUCCACAUCUACUGAUGAAAUCAUUGUUUUUAAAUGUGAGUGAGGUGGUUACUUGUCAAAAAUACCACGGGGAAAAAGGUGAAAUACUGUAGUUAUAAACAUGUUGCACCUUUCAGUCUAAUGCACAGAAAUUUUGUGUCGUAAUCCACAGUUUAGGUCCCAUUAACUUCUGCUUUGCUGACCGAACAGUUUUAAAAACAAGAACUCAUUAUUGGGCAAUGCAUGUUAGAUGCAUGUUACCUACAAAGCUGUGAAUAAGUAUGCUUGUACGUGAAUUUGUGCUGACCCAUACAAAAAUAUGUGUUUCAUACUUAUGGAUGGUUGAAUUUCAAUGG